UCGGAUAUCCGAUCCAAAUAUCCGAAAUUUACUUGUUUUUCCUUUUUUAUUUCUCGAAUUUUCUAAAAAAAAAUAUAUGCAAAAAGAAAAUUCUCAAACCCUAAUUGACCUAAUUCCCUAAACAGUAAACACUCCUCUAUCUCAAACGCAGUCACGCCUCUCUCUCUCUCCUCUAUCUCUCUCUGGCUCUCUCUUGACUCUUGAGUCUCUUCUCGUUCUCUGGCUCUCUCCUCUCAAACUCUCAAGGCUCUCAGAUCUCACUUGAAAAGUUCAAAUCCCUUACAUAAAUUGAAAUUUCUGAAUUUCUAAUUUUUUGAAAUUGGUCGUUGAAGGCUUGAAGCUCCAUUCAACCUUGUGCUCUCCGCCAUUGAAGGUCCUUAGUUUUUAAUUUUUGGUUGAACACUUGAACCUCGUGCUCUCCGCCAUUGGAGGUCUUCUGUAUUUUACUUUUGGUGAGUUUUAUGUUUUUUGUAUUUUACUUGAACACUUGAACAUAAUGUGGUGUGUUGAACGGGGUUAAAUUGGCCGUUUUAGGUUAGUUUUAGUUGAUGCAAUAGGUUUGAUUAUGAGCUUCAUCUUUUGAUAAAUUGAUGUUUGAGUGGUAAUAUGCUUACUCGAAUUCGUCUAUUCAAUGGUUGUUGUGGAAUUGUUGAAGGUGAUUGAUUUAGCAACUAGCCAACUACGGGUCUAUAGCUCUACAAGACUACAAUAAUGAUUAGCUUUUUACAAUUGGGUUGAUGCAUCGGGUUUUCUAAUGAGAUUUGUAUUUUUGGUAUAUUGAUGUUUGGGCGGUAAUUUGCUCGCCCAAAUUGACCUAUUUUAGGGUGGUUGUUUAAUUGACUGAUCUUUAUACUAUUUUCAUGUCACUACUAUUGUUGGCUAGCCAUUUUACUUGUAGACCAGAUGUGCCUGUGUUCUAUUUUAGUCUGAUUUAUUCCUAAUAACAGGCUUAUGCUAGCAAUUUGGACAACUUUCUGUUGGGAAGUGGUAAAAGUUGCUUGUGAAAGUGGUCUUUUUAAGUUGGUCCACACUUUGCUUGUUAUGACUGUCAGUUUGAGUUUAAUGAGGGUGGUGAUUUGCUUAGUUCCUUGAUGCAAUUGGAUGAUGUUUGUUGUUUAUCUAGACCUGUUUUCUCUAUCUCUUUUUCAGGUUGGUAUAGGACCAUAGGCUAUAUUCUCCUCAAGACCUCCCUUAGUUGUGUUUUUUUUUUUUUUUUUUUUUUUUUGGGGUGAAAUUUCUUGAUUUUAUAUUGUGGAAAUGUGUUUCAGCUCAUAAAUCAUUAAUGUGAUUAUGUGAUAAUUGAUUGUUUUUUGUUGUAGUAUUCUCACAAAAAGAGGAAAAAGCCCCUAAUAGCAAAAAAUGAUUUUGUAAUAAGAUUCAUGGUGCACUUCUCUGCUUUGGCUGUCCACUGUUUAUAUUUUACACAAUUUUCUUCAUUAAUCAUUUUAUCAUUAUAAUUACAACAUUCCAAGAAAAAACAGAGUCAUUGUCCCUUCAUUUGGACUCUCAGCUUCUAUUCAAUCGGUAAACUUGUAUUCAGUUUCAAACUUUCAACAUGAUCUGAUUUUGCAAAGAAACUUAAACUAUUUUGGGGUUGAAGGGUGGACUAAAAUUGAGGUUAAUGGGCAUUCUUUUAAUGAUAUUAUUAGUUUUAAUAACCUUGAGAGAACCCUUCUUGUAUGAUUUAUCUAAUUCAACUUUUAACUCCAAUUUCAGAAUGAAAAGAAAAACAACUCGAGAUAUUUCAAGUUUUUUUUACUAAAAAAGUGCCUGCUCUAAAUCCUGCUCCUCCACAAAAUGAUCCUCCUUUAUGAAAUGAACUUUUUUAUGUAUUUUUUUUUGUUCAUUAUACAAGCUUUGACUAUUUUUUGAUACUUUAUGCGGUCGAUGGACGAUGAUGGGACAAUCUAUUAAUCAAAUCCUGGAUCCUGCCCUUAUCAUCGUCAAAAGUGUUUUUAUUUUAACUUUUUUAUGAGACGGUUACCUUUUAGAUCUAAUAUAGAGAGUAGAAAACAUAAAAAUUGGUUAGACAUAUUACAAACCAAACCAAAUUGUAUAACAUGACUAAAAGAAAACCAACCGUAUAAGGGUAUAACAUGGUUUAGUUCGCUUAUGUUACCAGAAUUAAUCUUAAACCGAAAAAAAAAUCAAUAAGAGGUUUCGCCUAAAACCCAUGUCGUCCUCCAAAAGCAUGGACCAAAAUUCGGGCCUUUAAUCAAUUCUCCAAAUAAACCCUAGCUAAACCCCCAUUUUUAUUUUAUCCACCAUUUCUUAUUAUCCGCCCUCAUUUCUCCAUAAACCCUAAACAUUGUUCAAAAUUGUUAAUUUUCCUUCUUCUGGGGUUUCCUUGAUUCUGCACAGUCGCUGUUGACUACGAAAAUGCCGAGGCCAUUGGGAGUAAAAGCUGGUAAGAAAAGGAAGAAGAGAGAGGAAAAAUAUGAUAAAUAGGAGGAUGAGCAAGUAGAAAUGGUACAAGAGGAUGUACCAGCUGCUGCCACUAUUGAGGAAACAGCUGAAGAUGAUAAGGUAGCAGAAGAUUUGGCCGAUGAUAUCCCCGGCAUUCCGGUUACUAUUACGAAGCAGAUGAGCCAGCCUGGGGCGGUUUUCAUGCUCGAAAGGGCUUCCCUUGAGGUUGCCAAAGUAGGGAAGACCUACCAAAUUUUGAAUUCUGAGGACCAUGCCAAUUUUUUGAUGAAGCACAAAAAGAAUCCUGCAGAUUACAGGCCAGACAUUGUUCAUCAGGCUCUUCUGAUGAUUUUGGAUAGCCCCUUGAAUAAGGCUGGGAGGAUUCAAUCUGUGUAUGUUAAAACUGAGAAAGGUGUACUUUUUGAGGUUAAACCUCACGUGCGUAUUCCAAGAACAUAUAAGCGUUUUGCUGGCAUUAUGUUGCAACUGUUACAAAAGCUGAGCAUAUCUGCUGCUGGCAAACGAGAUAAACUUUUUCGUGUGGUUAAAAAUCCUGUAACUCAGUAUCUACCUCUUAAUUCUCGUAAGAUAGGCUUUUCAUUUAGCUCAGAAAAAUUGGUUGACAUUCAGAAAUAUGUGGAUGCUGUUAAAGAUGAUUCCAAUUUUGUGUUUGUGGUUGGUGCUAUGGCUCAUGGAAAGGUUGAUGAUGAGUACGUUGAAGACUACAUAUCAAGCAGAAGGCAAUUUUAUUCAAAUAGCAAGAGUGUCCAUAGUUACAUAAUGGGAUACAGAUGGGGGAACACAGUUAACCCACGUUUGCUCAAGAUUAAAAGGAAUAUAAUUAGCGAGAUUAUGGGCGACGGAGUUCCCUUCCCUCCUAACAUGGCACCAUUGGAUGCAGUUGUAAUGGGAGCCCUGCACCAACGCAUCACUUAGGACAAUGUCCAGAUCAGUAUUGUGCCUCAUCUCCUUCGUGAGCCUCGAUACAAUGACUUGACAAUCAGAUCCAAUUAUGACAUUAGAGAGUCUGAACCUUGUUCCCAGAUUGAGAGCCCAAACUAUCGCUUUGUAAUUUACUAAGUCUGAGAGUCUAAACGAGAAGUGGUUAAAGAUUUCCAUUUGUAGCCUUCUCCUUGUUAUCUCGGAAACGGAUAACAAAAUAUUUAGACAAACUGUGAUUAGAAAUUGUGGAGUUGAAAAGUUCCAAGUGAAUUAAUAAAUAAAUUAAUAAAGAGCUGUAAUUUAAUAAAUUAAAUGAGGGUGAACAUAUAUUUAGGUGUUGUUUGGUUGGAGGAUAAUCUCCUUGGAAAUGAAAUUUCCUAUAAAGUAUUAAAAUGAAGGUGUACUUGGUUGGAGGGAAAUAAGCUAAACAUGGGAAAUAACAAUUCCAAGGGAAAUACAAAUUCCCACAACCCAUGGGAAAUUGCUCACCAACUCCCCCCCUGGUGAGUUGAAAUUUUUUAGGAAAUGCAAUUUCCUAUAGUGUCAACCAAACAAUUUAGCUUAAUUCGUAGGAAAAUCAUAAGGGAAAAAAUUUCCCAUGAAAUAUAAAUUCCCAUAGGAAGUUAAUUCCCAUGUGAACCAAACGAGCACUUAGUAUGAUUGGAAGUUCUGGCUCAAUUUCACACUUGCCUAAUUUAAUUGAACAUGAAUAUAAUCUACAUGACUCAACUCAUUUACGCUCUCUUUCUUAUUCCAUUAACCACCACUUUUAGUGAAUGAAUGAAUUUACUCGUAUAUUAAAUCUUGGGUAAGGAGGAGAGAAGAGAAGGGAAGGGAAGAGAUAUUAAAAUGACGCAGCGGGGUUGGGGUGAGGGUUUGUAAGGGAAGAUAGAUAAUGUGCUAUGAUUGAAAUCAUUAAAUUAUAGAGAUUAGAUGUAUUUAAGUGGAUUACUUUCAAUUAUUGAAUAUUGUCUCCGUUCUUUUUAAUCGCAACAUUCGGAAGUUAGCGGGCUAGGAACUUUGAGAGAAAAUCCAAAAGUUUGUAAUGUUUAUAUACACUCCUUACUAUUUUGUAUGAUUCAUAAUAUUUUUUUUAAAAAAAAAAAAAAAAAGAGAGAUAUAGACCUAUAGAUUAUAUU